AUGGUCAACACACUGAUAGUUGGAUGCGGCGGCAUUGGAACCAUUGCUGCUCUAAACUUGCAAUCAGGAGGCAAAGCCCGGGUAACGACCGUCUUGCGCUCCAACUACGACCAUGUGAAGCAGCAUGGAUUUCACAUUCGAUCUCUCGACCACGGAGUUGUUGAAUCAUUCCAUCCGGAUACCAUCCGCAAUACCGUGCCAAACCUGUCCGAGGAGAACAUCGAGCCUUAUCGAUAUAUCGUUUGCACAACCAAGAAUAUAGCCGACGUUCCACCCAGCUUGUCCGAUCUUAUCCGCCCAGCGGUGACCCCGGGGUACUCGGUCAUAGUGCUGAUUCAAAAUGGACUGAACAUCGAGAAGCCCAUUCUGGACUCAUUCCCGCAGAACAUUGUUCUGUCCAGUGUGAGCUUUUGCGGAUCCCACGAAGUGGGAACAGGACAGAUUGUCCACGAAGAUCACGAUCGAGCGUCCAUUGGAGCUUUCGAUAACCCAAAUCUAGACGCACAGGUCCAGCAGAAAGCGGCGAUGGAUUUUGUGGAGAUAUACAAGGCUGGAGGCAAGUGCAGUCCUGAAUACCAGCCUAACGUCGGAUGGACGCGCUGGCGGAAGUUGUUAUACAAUGCCUGUUUGAACUCAAUAUGUGCCGUUACCGAUCUCGACACAGGUCGUAUGCAGCUGGCGGACGGGGCGACUGACAAUCUUGUCCGACCGGCGAUGCAAGAGAUCCGGGCAGCUGCCAAGGCUUACGGUCACGAUUUGCCGGAGGAGUUGGUUGAGACAAUGAUCCGGAUGGACCCAAUCACGAUGUAUAACCCGCCAAGUAUGCAGGUUGAUCUCCGCAAGGGCCGGUAUUGCGAGUUUGAGACGGUUGUAGGAGAGCCGCUGCGAGCUGGACUAGCACGAGGGGUUCCUAUGCCACUUCUCACGGCUUUGUAUCAUAUCCUGCGUGCUGUGCAAUGGAAGACAAAGGAGCGGAAUGGGUUGGUCACGAUCCCCGAGCCAGAGGAUCACAGCGUCAAGCGGUAG